CUGAUGUCAGUGCCCGCACAUGGAAUUGCAAGCCAUUUCAGACUAGCAAAGUAGCCACGAUCAGUUGCGGUCUGCAAUAACUCCGAACCCCAUCGCAGCCGUGUUUUUCCUGGGGUAGCUAGCUAAUCAAUCUCGCGGAAGCAGACCGGGACCGCGGCAGUUUACCUUGAGGAUUUAUUUAUUUGCAAUUUUUUUAUUUUCAUUAUCUUUUGAAAAAAAAAGUGUUUUAAUUUUGUUCCGCGAUCCCUGGAGAAAAUGGCAAGACCUCUCCCCAUAAACUCAACUUUCCUACCUCCAACUCAUGGUGUGCUGAAAUCUCUGUUGGAAAAUCCUUUGAAACUACCGUUUCACCAUGACGAAGGGUUUGGGAAAGAGAAGGAGAAGAAGCUGGAUGAGGACGUCAGUGGACCCAACGCUCCACAGUCCGCCUUUCUGGGCCCCACGCUGUGGGACAAGACCCUGCCCUACGAUGGAGACACCUUUCAGCUGGAGUACAUGGACCUGGAGGAGUUCCUGUCGGAAAACGGCAUCCCCUCCAACCCCACGCAGCACGAGCAGAGCCAGCCACAGGCCCCCCCGCCCCCGCCGCCCACGCCCAGCGUGGUCGACCUCAGCAGCCGCCCCACCACCUCUGUUCACACGGCCGUGGCCAAUCAGAGCUGCCUCCAGAGCCCCAGUAGACCAGUCCUGCCCACGUCUCGCAACACCCCCAGCCCCAUCGACCCGGAGACCAUCCAGGUUCCGGUGGGGUACGAGCCGGACCCGGCCGACCUGGCGCUGUCCAGCGUCCCGGGCCAGGAGGUGUUCGACCCGCGCAAGCGCAAGUUCUCCGCCGAGGAGCUCAAGCCCCAGCCCAUGAUAAAGAAGGCCCGCAAGGUCUUCAUCCCCGAGGACCUGAAGGACGAUAAGUACUGGGCACGGCGCCGGAAGAACAACGUGGCGGCGAAGCGGUCGCGGGACGCGCGGCGGCUGAAGGAGAACCAGAUCGCCAUCCGGGCGGGCUUCCUGGAGAAGGAGAACUCGGCGCUGCGCAUGGAGGUGGCCGAGCUGCGCAAGGAGCUGGGGCGCUGCAAAAACGUGCUGGCCAAGUACGAAGCCCGGCACGGGCCGCUGUGAGCCCCGCCCCCCGCCCCCCGCCC